AUGCGCCGGGGAGCCAUCAUCGUCUUGGGUAUGCUUGCACUCGCUAAACCUGAGAUUAUCGUCAAUGAGAUGGAACUCUGCCUGCGCAUAGGGCUGGGCGAGCUAGGUCGACGAGAUCUAAGUCUCGCUCGUUAUACCUGCAUUGCACUUCGCCGCAUCAGCUCACCACCUGGUAAGCAGUCAGAUCCAACUAGCCCAGCGCAGGUGGCAAAACUUCCCAACGAUCACGCUGUGCUAGUGAAGCUUGCCGCUAUCUGCGAAAUCGUCUCCGACGACAAAGAGUGGUUCGGUGUGGCGGAGCAAGCGAUCAGUGCCAUCUACGUCCUCUCAAAACAUCCCGAUGUUUUGUGCUCAGAGAUACUGCGACGGAAGACAAAGCACCUUCUCGGCCUACAUCUAGCGGGUCAGGCGCCGGGGGAAGCCAUGGAAGUAGAUGCACCUAUGACGCCACCUCCCGAAGAAUUAUCACAGCCAAAGAAGCAAAAUCCUGCAUUGGCACUUUCUCAGCUACUGUUCAUUGUCGGACAUGUUGCCAUCAAGCAGAUUGUUCAUCUUGAGCUCUGUGAACUGGAGUUCAAGCGUCGCAAAGCUGAAAAGCAAACGAAGACUGCACCCACGCCGCGGACGUCUCUUGCGGCCGAGAACCCGUCGCCGGUCAAGAAGGGUCGGAAGAAAUCAUCCAUCAAAGACAAAACGCCAGCUGCUGAAGAGGUCGAUGAGUUGGAGCUCAUGGCUGGCCCAUCAGAAGAUGAUAUCACCGAUCACAUUGCAGCAAUCAGGGAACGAGAGCUCCUCUACGAUCCCAACUCCCUUCUCUGUAACUUUGGACCGAUGGUGAGGGAUAUCUGCUUGAAUAACACUUCUUACAACCACCCUACUCUACUAGCCCAGGCAGCGCUCUGCCUAGCGAAGCUAAUGUGCGUAAGCUCCGAGUAUUGCGACAAGAAUCUGGAACUGCUCUUGACGAUGAUGGAUCGGAGCAAAGACGCGGUUGUGCGCAGCAACCUCGUCAUUGCCCUCGCAGACAUGGCCGUCUGUUUCAACCAACUGAUCGACGAAAAUGAAUCUCACCUAUACCGCCGUCUCAAUGACGGCGACCCCUCGGUCAAGCGAACGUGUCUUAUGACGCUCACCUUCCUAAUCUUAGCCGGACAAGUCAAAGUCAAGAGCGAACUGGCUAAGAUGGCGAAGUGCAUGGAGGACAGCGACGAUAAGAUCAAGGACAUGGCGCGCAUGUUCUUCACCGAGCUCGCAACCAAGGAUAACGCUAUUUACAACCAGUUCAUCGACAUGUUUAGUACGUUGAGCGCGGAUACCGGGCUAGAUGAAGAUGCUUUUAAGAAGAUCAUCAAGACACUAGCAGGCUACAUCGAAAAGCAGGAUAAACAUGCCAAGGUGUUGUCGAAGAAGCUGGCGGAUCGCUUGCCGAGGGCUGAUAGUGCGAAGGAGUGGAAUGAUAUUGCGUUUACGCUGGGUCAGCUGCAGCAUAAGGACGAGGAAAUCACGAAGUUGGUUGCGGAAGGGUUCAAGGUUGUGCAGGCGUCAGCGUAA